CAAUUUUAUUUCAACUUUUUAAUUAAUAAAAAAAUGUGAUUGGUUGUAGGUAAAUCCAUGUAUUAGGGUUGUGUCUAUAUAAGAAUUUUCCCUAUUUAUAUUGCUAUGUUGCAAUUGAUUCCGGUAUAGUAUAGAAUGGAAUCUCAUGUUGAGAGAAGAUUCGGAAGAACAAACCCUAACCCUAACAUGAUGUCUUGUUCUUCUCUUCCUUUCGACCUCAUUCCCGAUAUACUCUCUAGGCUACCUGUCAAAUUCCUUCUCCAAUUACAGUGUGUCUGUAAAUCUUGGAAUUCUCUAAUAUCCGACCAUCAAUUUGUCAGAAAACACCUUAACCGGUCAAACACUCACAACCUCCACUGCUUAAGACGCCCCAACUGUUACUCACACCACUAUACUAUACAGUCUAACCCACUCCGAUCCGUUUUUACACGCAUAAACCCAAACUUCACUUCAUUAAUAUUCCCUUCCUAUGGUAUUCAUGAAAGAGUUAAAUUUGAACUGAUUGGCUCUUGCGACGGAAUCCUUUGUCUGGCUGACUAUUGUCUGCACUUGGUUAUAUUGUGGAAUCCUUCUGUUAAAAAAGGCAAAGAAUUACCCCUUUUGGAAAGGACAAGGGAUGUUUCUUUCACUUCAAUCGGCUUUGGUUAUGAUUCUCUUGCCGAUACUUACAAAGUUAUUGUUAUUAACAAAACAAAAGGAAAAGUUCAUACACUAGGUACCAAUUUUUGGAAAAGUAUUCCUGACUUUCCUUCCGACGGUCUCCCCGUUGAGAGAAAGGGAAGAUUUGUGAGUGGCAGUGGCACCAUAAAUUGGUUGACCACAUACUUUAUUGUUUCUUUUGAUUUGAGAAAGGAGUCCUAUCAAAAGAUUUUCCUACCUCCAGUUGUAAAUGCACGUCGGUUGUUCUUAGGUGUAAUGAGAGAUAGCUUGUGCAUCAUUGCAAAUAGUGAUAUUUGGAUUAUAAAGGAAUAUGGUAACGAAGAGUCUUGGACUAAAUUGUUCACCAUUGAUAAACAUCUUAUAAGAUGUUAUACCAUAGUUGAUAUACUAUGUAGUUUUGAAGAUGACCAAGUGCUCAUUAAGGCUAAAGGGCCGAUGUAA